AUUGUCUGGCCAGCGACUGCGACUUUGGGUAGACAACGAAAUUGUCCCUUAUCGGAAAUCAAAUUCGGAUCACGAUUACUCUCGAACUAUUUUGGAUCUGGAACAAUCUACCUUUCACUUUAUCAUUUGCUUCACAUAACUUUGGGAACUGGAGGAUAAGCAGUGUAGUACCUUUUGGGCACAUAGUUGGCUCAAAUUGCCUAUUAUAAUUACGGCGAUAAGACCAAAAAACUUUCUGCGUUGUUCUUCAGGUUGGUUGAUUAUGAGGCAAUUUCAUUGUACGUUCCAAGUUGGCGAUAAGUUUUAUGGCACCCGAAUUUAACGCAGUGGUUCCUUUUGAUGCUGACCUAGGCCAUCGCAGUUGCGUUAUUGGUCUGAUUACUGUGUAUAUGGAGGCUCUAUAAGUGGAGCUGGGAAAACCGAAACGUUCAUAUAGCCGAUUUCGGCCUACAAAUAAAAUGUUGGCUUAUCAAAUUGGCUCUAAAUGAAUUACACUUCUUUGAUUGUUUGUUUUGAUUAUACAGAGAGAAGAUGCCUUGAAGUGAACCGAAGGAAUUAACCCAAUGUACAUAAUUCGACUGCCCGCCUUUACUUUUCAAUUGAAAGAGUUAAGCGAAUUGAGGCAAGGACAAGCUGGUCACCUUGAAUCGAAUUGAGUUUGCUCUUCUCAAUCGCUUUCUGUAUUGCCCAUUAGAGUGUCAAUCCAAGGAGGGAAUAUAAACCCCACCUUGUCCUUUGAACCCUGCACUUUGAGCUGCACACAUCGGAGGAAAGUUCUAAACUAAAAUAUAUUCUAAGGUCAAAAUAGCAAAAAAACCGCUGGCUAAAAUGGCUUUUAUGUGUGCUCAGCUUGCCAACAUCUGAUGUCGGUUUUUCCAGUCCGCUUAAUUGAGGUAGAUAAUUGAUAGUGGGUUCAGUUCUGCCAGAAUAAUACUGGUGGCGAUUGUUAAUUGAUUUGCGGUUUUGACAUUUUGCUUGCGGAUGGGGGAUGUGCGGGUCUCACGACAGAUUCACACAACGAAUUACAUUCGCUUGUCUCACCAAACUACAUAUCAUUUUAAAUAUCGGUUUAGUAAGUAUUUUUAUAGGUAAGUUAAAUGAACAUUUCUAAAACAGUGAUAUCUGAUAAACUAUUUACCUAUAUAUACAUAUGUAUAUCUAUAAGGUUUCUUUCUCUUUUAUAAAAAGGAAAUUGAAAAUUGAAAUUACACCCAUUACUCGUAGAGUUAAAGGGUAUACAGUAUUCGUUGAAGAGUGUUUUAAAGUUGGAAGAAAGACUUCUCGAUCCUAUAAACUAUAUAUUCUUGAUCAGAAUCACUGGCCAUGUUCGUCUGUCUGUCUGUUUGCCCGUAUAUACAUACAUACGUCGAAAUCUCGGGAACUAUAAAAGCUAGAAAGUUAAGAUUAGGCACGCCGAUUAUAUUACUACUAUUACUAUUUUUCUUGGCAAGUACCAUCGAAAACCCAACAAAAUGUUGAAAUUUCUACCAGUAACUGAGCGAAUCUGAAUCUAAAAAAUCGACAAUUGCGUUCUCCCUAUUUUUUUUUAUGUACUAUAUAUAUUUAUAUAUAUGUACAUAAGGAAAAGAACCCCUUCUCUUGGUGAAGCAUUACUUAAAUGUUUCGACUUUGGCCUUCAGUUUUCUUACGGAGGCUUAGUUACUGCUACCAUAACGAUAUAAAUUACACCGUAGCAGAGAGAAAUGCCACCUACCCCUUGGCCGAGAC